AUGAACCACCCAAAUUUCUCAUCGAAUAUCGACUUUAGCAGUGAUUUCACGCUGUUAGAGUUGGACACUCCGAGCUCUUAUAAACCCGUGAAACUCGCUGGAGCAGACGAUUCGGACUUCAAGGCUGGAGCUGCAGCAACGGCGAUCGGAUGGGGAUUAACUGGCGAGAAUGGCGCAAUGUCCAACGAGCUCCUCAGCGUCGACCUGACUGUCCUUAGUGACAAGGAAUGCGAACAAUUGGUCACUAUUGACAGCUCGAUGCUGUGUGUCAAAGGCGUAAUCAGCAAGGGAGCCUGCGCCGGAGACACUGGAGGACCGCUUGUUGUUGAGUCUACUAGCAAUGGCCGAGACAUACUCGUAGGUGUGGUCAGCUGGAACAAAGACAAGGGCUGCGGACAAGGACCCUUUUACCCUGGUAUGUACUCGCGUGUGUCACGCGCUCGAAGCUGGAUUGAUCCUAUCAUCGGCAGCUCGUGUUUUGAUUAG